CCCGGCCCAACAGUAACACAGAAGAUUGUAGGGAAGACUGUGUUUUGAGCGGGAAACUUAGAAGCAAGUUCGAUCGAAUUCAUAGCACCAUUUCUAUUUUCUUUCUGAAAUUGAGAACGCAGUGACACAGAAAACAAAGCAUAAACCAUAGAAAAAGAUCUACUAGUUAGGGUUUAAUAACCAUGGCGGAGGAGACUUAUGCUAUGGACAUCGACGUCACAGACAAGGGCAAAACCGUCAUUGCCGCCGGUAACCCUUCCUUCGGUGGCAAAGCUUCGCUAUGGGUUGAAAAGUAUCGUCCUCAAUCCCUCGACGACGUUGCAGCUCACCGCGACAUCGUUGACACAAUUGAUAGGUUGACUACUGAGAAUAGAUUACCCCAUCUGCUGUUGUAUGGACCUCCUGGAACGGGUAAAACAUCGACGAUUCUUGCGGUGGCGCGAAAAUUAUACGGUGCUCAGUAUCAUAAUAUGAUUUUGGAACUCAAUGCUUCAGAUGAUAGAGGAAUUGAUGUUGUUAGACAGCAGAUUCAAGAUUUUGCCAGCACUCAGAGCUUAUCAUUUGGCGUCAAGCCCUCUGUAAAACUGGUCUUGUUAGAUGAAGCAGAUGCCAUGACUAAGGAUGCCCAAUUUGCAUUACGUAGAGUCAUCGAGAAAUAUACAAAGAGCACUCGGUUUGCACUUAUCUGUAAUCAUGUAAACAAGAUUAUCCCAGCACUGCAAUCAAGAUGCACCCGGUUUCGGUUUGCCCCUCUUGAUGCUGUCCAUGUCACUGAGAGACUGAAACAUGUUAUCAAUGCUGAAAGGCUUGAUGUUCAAGACAGUGGCUUAUCUGCUCUUGUUCGGCUUAGCAAUGGUGAUAUGAGAAAGGCACUGAAUAUUCUUCAGUCAACACAUAUGGCCUCUCAGCAGAUUACAGAAGAAGCUGUUUAUCUUUGCACUGGAAAUCCGUUGCCCAAAGACAUUGAGCAAAUAUCUUACUGGCUUCUAAAUGAACAAUAUUCAGAAAGCUUUAAAAGAAUAUAUGACAUGAAAACAAGGAAAGGACUGGCUCUGAUUGAUAUUGUUAGAGAAGUGACAAUGUUUGUCUUCAAGAUUAAUAUGCCUUCAGCCGUUCGAGUGCAGUUGGUGAAUGAUUUGGCUGACAUAGAGUACAGAUUAAGUUUUGGGUGCAACGAUAAGCUUCAGCUUGGAUCAGUUGUUGCUUCAUUUACACGUGCUAGAUCUGCAAUGGUUGCAGCUGCUGCAUAAACCUGAAUAUGAUGGUGCAAUGAUGUGUUACAUUCUUAAAAGCAUGCAUAUUCCUAAUUUAUGUGCACCGUGAUAUUUCCGUUGUACAUUGUAGUAGGAGGCAUCAGGAUGGUGCUAAUAGCCUAAUACUGGUGUAAAAUUGUUUGGUUAUGUCGACUGCUCUGAUGGUGCAUGUUUCGUUUGUUAACUUUUGGAGAUCAAAUUAGAUUUUAUAAAAUCCAACCAAAGGGAAAUGGGGCUUAAUGGACGACAGGACGAAUUGUGUAAGACUAAUGGUAUAAAUGUCACAAACACUAGGAAUUGUUUCUUUUUUUAGGGAGGAAUUGUUUCCUUUUAACAUUCAUUUGAGGGAUUAAAUGAGUUAAUAUCAGUUGAGAAACAAAUAAUUGUUUCUUUAACUGUUUCAUAGA